GUACUUUGUUUUUCUUUGGUUUGCAACUUGACUUUCUAUAUGAUAAACAGGUUAAUUUGUUUAAAUUCAUGCCUGCCGCUCAGUGCGUGAUUGCUGCUCCAAAUCAAAAGUCAUCACAAUGUUGCGUAAUAGGGUAAUAGAUACUGCAGGACGGAUGGUACCGAUCUUCCAAAGGCAAGCUCUGCGAUCGCUUUCCGGUGUGAAGCAAUCAAAGCUGACCACUGUGGAAGUGGAUGACAAGAGUGGAAUCGCUACCCUAUCAAUGAACCUGCCGCCUGUAAACACACUGACCAUGGAGCUGAUGCACCAUAUGAUCGAUUCCAUCAACGAGAUAGAGUGCAAUAAGAGUCGCGGCCUGAUCCUGACAUCGAGCAAUGAUAAAGUUUUCUCCGCUGGCCUAGAUCUCAAAGAGCUGCUAAAUCCAGAAAGAAAGCGACUUGAAGAAUUUUGGACCUUGUUCCAGGACUUGUGGCUGGCCCUGCACCUUUGUGGGAUUCCCACAGCGGCGGCUGUCAAUGGACAUGCUCCGGCCGCAGGCUGCGUAUUGGCCACAGCCUGCGAGUACCGCACCAUGCUUCCGAAUCUCUUUAUUGGCAUCCAUGCCACCCGCUUUAGCUUCGUCAUUUCCAAGUGGAUGAUGCUCUCGUACCAGAGCGUAGUUCCACGACGAGUAGUCGAGAGGGCCUUGAACCAAGGCAAGCUCUUCCGUACCCAAGAGGCCCUGGAUAUUGGGCUGGUCGAUGAGCUGGCAUGCAAUAAGCAGGAGGCACUGGAUAAGUGUGCAGCCUUUAUAGCCACGUUCGACAAAGCGAAUCCUGUUGCUAGGACCCUUACUAAACGCAUGUGCCGCGAGCCGGACGUGCGGGAUCUACUAAACGACCGGGCGGGCGAUUUGCGGGACUGUGUGGACUACGUCCUCACGCCCCUAUUUCAGGAGGGACUUUGCUCCCACCUUGAGGGACUUAAAAACAAGAAAUAAGACGGUCUUUCAAAGUUAGGUGAUCAGAAUGCAUUUAUUACUUAAAAUUAUACUUAUUAAAACGUUAUUCCGCGGGAAA